AUGGCGGAGGAUUCAUUCAUCGGUCUUCCAAUGCUGGUUACCAUGCGUAACCCGCCGGCGAGACUGAAGGGCACCGUCAGUGAAGUACAGGCUGGGCACGGUUUGACCCUGACGAAUGUCUGGAAUCUCGAUAUUGGACGGUGGGAGCCGAGAGUCACCAUCCUUUCUUCGAACAUCGUGGACAUUGUCUAUGUGCGCGAAGACCCUUCUCCCCAAACCGUCGGGCCCCCUCCGGUGCCCCCUCCUCACGCCGUUCACCAUUCCAUUCCGCAGGCCGCCCCUCCUGUUAUUCAACCGCCGCCGCCGCCCACCAAGCCAGCAGCCUUUGUGGAUCCCGCUAUUCUGUCUAUGGGGAAGCGCCCUGGCUCUCUGUCAGGUAAUACUUCGGAUACCUCCCGUCACCAACCUAAUACGAGUGAGAAGAGAGACCCGACCCCGGCUAUUAUCCCACCGUCGAAUAAUGUCGUACCCAUCCCCUCGGCCACUGCCACACCGACUCUCCCCGUGGUAGAUAGGCUGAGACGCCUGGAGCUUGACGCUCAAACCCGUAUCCAAGAGUCUGCCGACGAAGAUCUUGCACCUGACGCUGGUUCGCAGCAAGGAUCCGCAGCUGCUCAGAAGAAGAAGAACAGACGGCCACGCAGGGCUGGGAACAACUCGCGGAAUGGGCUACAAGAAGAUUCAGAGGCGUCUCCUCAGGUCCCUCGCGUAACUGCCAAGGGCAAAGGCUGGAGGCAGACGCCUAUCUUGCAGAGUACCUCCUCCUUCCAGCCCUUCAAUUCGUUGAAGAAGAUGCGAGGAGCGAAUGACAACGGUUGGGCUUCGGAAGACGUCACUGAUGUGCAAGAAGCAGGCGACUUCGACUUCGAAUCUGGCCUUGCCAAGUUUAACAAGCAAGAUUUGUUUGAACAAAUGCGCAAAGAUGAUCUAGUUGACGAGGCUGACCGCCUGGUAUCGCACAACCGUCUACCCAAGCACAAGCCGGGUACCGCUGGGGGUAAGAACCUGCACCAUUCGGAAAACGUCCUCGACAUGCCAUCCUCCACCUCGACACUGAAGCCGAAACCGAUCGUCAAGGAGACGUCCAACGAUUUUUGGAAUAGUGAAGCAGACGACGGAGUGAUCAACGGAGCCGACCGAUUGAGUGGGAGAGAUCAAGCGAGCAGGCAAGGGUCACGCCGGGGCGAAAGCAAAGCGGCUUCCAGCCGGAGGUCGAAUUCCCGCAAAGCGAGCGGCGUCCCGGCUGCACACCCUUUGAGCAGAGUCAAUUCAUCUGGUGUAAGCCACUACCGCACCCUAUCAGCGAAGGGCAGUCGGCCAAGUAGUCGGCUCUCGGCAAGGGCAGCUGUCAUUGACAAAAAGAAGCAACCGGCGUCAGCGGUUGCGGCAAGUCCGCAGGGUCUCUACGUGCUCCCGUCGAAUCGCAAGAUCGAGCCCGUCUCGGCUCUGCAAAUGCUCAAUCUAGAGAACAUUGCACAUAACGAGAUUGGUCUAACAGAGGAGAUGAUGACCGAGAAUGCUGGACGUGGCAUUGCAGAGGUGACACUCACAGCACUCUCAGACCCGGCUAUCAAGGUGCGCCACUCGAGCAUCGUCGAUCCUACGUCCGGUAACCCACCACCUCCGACGGUUGUUGUCCUAGCCGGCAAUAACAAAUCUGGCAUUCGCGCCGUUGCCGCCGCCCGGCAUCUUCGUAACAAGAAUAUUAAUGUCAUCGUGUGCGUGGUUGGCCUUGAGCGUGGUGAGCGCGAUCUCCUCGAAGACAUGCGCCAGCAAGUUCGCCUCUACAAAAACAUGGGUGGGCGCAUCUUCUCCAAGAGCGACUUCUUUGAGCACCUCCGCAAGAUCAGUAUUCCUAUGCUUACCAUCGACACACCUCGCUCGUCGUUGAGCAGCCUCGCCAACCCCGCGCCUAUUAUGCUCAUUAUCGACGCGUUGCUGGGCCUGGCGAUUUCUUUCGAGGAACUGAGAAACGGUGACCAGGCGACGGUCUAUGAGCUGAUCGAGUGGGCCAACCGUAAUGAGGCGUUUGCCCUUGCGGUCGACAUUCCCACGGGCAUCGACCCAUCGACAGGCAAGGUUAGCGUUAUUGACGGCAACAAGUUAUAUGUCAAGCCACGCUACGUCGUGACCGUUGGCGCACCCAAGCGUGGACUGCUUGAGGCGCUGAUGGCGGCGGAGAACGAUGAUGGGGAUACGGUGCUGGCUGGCGGGGAUACCUCGUUGCCAGACGAUGCCGUGCUGGAGUGGAAGCUCUACCUGGUCGAUCUGGGUCUGGGACCGGCCAUGUGGAAGAAGGCGGGGACGAAGAUGCGUAGGGGCAUCGAUUUUGAGGAUCACUGGGUGGUGGAGAUGAAAUAUCGCGGCCUGGUGGAGGAGGAGGAAGAGGACUUGGCCUAG